AUGCUGCUGUACCAGAUCGACCCUUUGCUAGAUGACAUACCUUUGAAAGAUGACAGGAUUGUCUCUGUUGAAACGAACGAGUGCAGUGUCUACAUAGGCACGGCCAAGGGAAAUCUACUUCAGUACUAUCUAUUUGACGACGCUUCAAGCUACCUUCUAAUCACCCAGAUCUCAAUCAAGCCAAAGCCAAUAACGGCGCUUGUAUGUUUGGCCAAACUUGGCAAAUUGUUUGCCAUCUGCGAUGGCACGGUGGAAGUUUACCUGUUACCCGACCUUUCCCCAUUUUCAACAAACUCAAAGUUGACUGGUGCCCGCGGCAUGAGCGCGACUACUAGUGGUGGUGGUGGUGGUGGAGACGGUAACUCCUUGCUCGUUUUCAAAAAGGACCAUAUCGAAUUCGUGCAGCUACGAAAUGACCAAUGGGUGGUUCAAAAGCAGGUUAGAUUCCCCAACGUGCGAAGUAGUAACGCACCGGUACAGGACUUGUUACUUGUCGCCGACGACCAAUCGUAUGCUAUAAUUUCAGACAACGUGCCCACUCCAUUGUUCAGCUUUGGCGACGGCGUGCCGCCCCACAUUGAGCUGUUUGAGACGCCCGAGAGAGAAUAUUUGAUGACAAUUCUGACCGAUGAAAAAACGUCGAUGGCCAUGUUUAUUAACAGCGUCGGGGACGUGACGAGGGGCACCUUGACGUGGAUUGGACACGGGUACCCCUACGGUGGCGUGGCUGUCUCGUGGCCGCAUGCUUUUGCAGUGUUUAAAAACACGCUUGUCAUGUCCUCGCUCGAGACGUUGGAAAAUGAAGUCGUGAUGAGCUUGGAAGAGUUUACAACGACUCGCCAAUUGGAAAACACUAACGACGUGGUGACAGAGAAGGACGGUCAUAGCAGCGGCAAAAAGUUUGUUGUCGUCUCGCGAAAGCCGGUACGUUUUGACGAUGCGUCGAUGCUGAAUUUGACAGGGACCGUUGCAUUGCGGAUGUGCAAUAUCCUUUUAUUCAGUGAGAGCAAAGUCUAUGCGUUGCACCGCACAAGUCCCGUGUUGAAAUUGCACAAUGAGUUUGAAAACGCACUAAACUCGGACAAGUUUGAUACUGUCUUGAAUUUCUCCAAUGACUCCGAUUAUGCGCAUCUUGUGUUGCUCUUGGCAUCGUUCUUGUCUGAGAAAGACCCGCUCCCGCUCUUGACGAAGCGACGCGACGGUGCUCUUGUCGUUGAUCCAAAUUUAGCAGCCCGGCUUCUUGGCGAGUCAAGUAUUCCGUACACGGUUUUUCCGGGACUCAGGGAUAUCAUAGACACUUGGGACUUUUCCGAUGAGCUGCUACUAAAGAAAUACCUUCUGCAGUUGCUUCCGCUGGACACAUCUCCCGAGAUCCGAAAGCUUUUUUACCAACUAACUGCUGAAGAAGGAGAAGAAGACGAAAAAGACUUGGUGCGUUUUUUAAACAAGGAUACUUGGACUUACUCCGAGGAUGAUCGGGAGAUACUAAAUGUGUUGAUUGAGAGGUCUAAGUUGCAACUUGCAUCCAAGGCAUUCACUUUAAUGUCAUCCAUCCCCGAUGCGACUGUGGCGUACAAAACUUUCCUCUUGGAACAUUUGAACGAAGCACUAGUCGACGAUGCAAUCGCCUUUCUCGGUGAAGAAAAAAUAGACGAAAAGGAUUACAGUAAAAUCGUCUUGCUGAUGAUUAAAUUGGAUAAGGAGAAAGUUUUCAACUUCAUUCGAAGUUCAAACAAGUACCUCGAGAUCAACAGAAAGAUCCUAAGUGAGCUUCCCGAUCUGAAUGUGAAUUUGAUCCAAAUCGAGCUACUUGAAAAGUUGUGGCAAAAGGACGAUGCUUUGCAUGGUGACCUUUUCGAAGCAAUCAGUACCACUUUGAUUUCACAAUAUGACGCGGACAAGUUUGCCGAGUUGUUGGAGGAGUACCGCAAGGUAAACUCGUUGACGGUGGAUAAAUGGCCCAAGAUUUUCUGGAUUGACUAUUUGAGCUUCAAAAACAGCGAAUUUAUUGCAUUGUAUCGAAAAUCAUUCGAAUUGUACGUGCUGGGGAGGGGGGAAAUGACUGCGCCAGACCACGUUCUUUUCCAUUACCACAAGAUCUUCAAGGAAGGCAACAUUAAAGAGUUGUUGGAAUUUCGUGACUAUUCGACGGCAGAGAGAAUAUCCUUUACUAGUGGUGAGCCGGUGACUCCUGCCAAUCGAUUCUACCCUCAGCUUACUCCCUUUUUGCAGCAGAAACCAGUGGAUCAGCUCAUUCUCGUUUUAAAGGAAUACCUCCGCUGGUAUGAGUAUGAGUCCGAGUCCGAGUCCGAGUCAGUGGAGCCGGCGCUUCAACACUUUGUUGAUAGUUACGGGAAGCACUUCUCUCCAGUAGAGCUCGUAACGCUACUUCCAGACUCCAUUCCGAUUGCCUACUUGGAAUCAUACCUCAAAAGGGCGUUGAAGCAAGUGACGAUGGACAAUAGGGAUAAAGCAGCGACAAAGAAUGUAUUGAAGGCUCAUCUAUCCCUGACGCAUCAAUUAAUACACGAUCUUCUAUAG